AUGAGCAAUCAAAAGCGAGUAUGGGAGGAAGAAAAAAAGGCGCUCGAGGAGCGAAAACGAAUCGAACAGGUGAUGAAGGAACGACAAGAGGAGCGGCAGAUCCAAGAAUUACAAGAAAUGCAGGAAGCAGCGGGCGGCCCAAGGAAGCAAGUAAAGGUCGACUGGAUGUAUAGUGGUCCAUCAGCGGGGCAAAAUGGCACCACCGAGGAGAUGGAAGGGUAUCUGCUGGGAAAGAGAAGGAUCGAUGGUUUGGUCAAGGGAACAGAGCAUAAACAAUUGGAGAAGAAUGCAGGGGAGGAGAGUUUCAUGGGGCAACAGAAUGCCAACAAUGUCAGAGAUACAGCUCGGAAAGUGCAGGAUGAUCCGUUGUUAGCCAUUAAGAAACAAGAGCAGGCGGAGUAUGAAGCGGUCAUGAACGACCCCGUAAAGAGACGUCUACUUCUUAAAGCAGCCGGGAAAGAGCUUCCAAGGUCGAGAGAAAAAAACCGAAAGAAACACACGCACCAUCACCGUCACCAUAGACGGCGGGAUGAAUCCAGAGACCACCACCGAAGCCAGCAUUCAUAUGAUGACUUUGAUCGAUACGCGAGAAGCCGUCAUGACCAUCGCCAUAGAAGACACUCCGAAACUUCCUCCUCACGCUCACCAUCUCCAUAUGCCAGACGGCACUCACCAUCAACACACCACCGCCGACGCUCCCCCUCUUACUCGGACCGGUCACGCUCUCCACCACAACGGUCUUCAUACCAAAAUGGACACACUAAUGGCAACCGCCUGCACCACAGCCGCUCAUUUCCAGCACGUAAACACAGCCCAAUUGAUUACGGCAGGAAAAGAAGGAACACAUCCUCUCCAUCUCGUUCUCGUUCUCGUUCUCCUCCACCAUCCCGGCAUCGCCAAUAUCAGCAUGGACGGCAGAACGGAGCAGCUGUCUCAGCAGAGGAACGAGCGGCUAGACUCGCAGCAAUGCAGUCAGACGCUCGUGAACUAGACAUCAGCCGUGCUAGCCGCUUAAGGGAUAUUCAGGAACAGGAAGCUAGGGCUCGGGAAGAAGAGGACAGAUUAAGAGCGAGGAGCGGGAAGGCGGGCGGGAAAGGAGAUUUUGUCACGGGUAUGCAGAGGAAGGCUGGUGAAAUGGGCUUGGCCGAGCGAAUGAAAAGGGGUACCAGAGGUUACGAAAGAGUUGGUGAGGAGGAGGAGAGGUAA